GUAGUCGUGAUUCGUGGAAGUAGCGGAGUUGCAGCAGCAGCAGCAGCGGUGGCAGAGGAGAAUAUAAAUUUAAUAUUCCACCCAAAUUUCACACAUUCUAUUUUAAUUCAUUUUAAAAAACGUGUGAAAUUCGAAGUGUAAACGUAAAUCCAUUUGUAAAAUUUGCUAUUAAUUGUAGAAAAAUAGAAAACGCAAAUUGUGAAAAAAGCGUGAGGACAUUGUGUAGUGGAAAAUUUGCAACGCUGGCUGAAGCGAAAGAAAUAGUGAAAAGACAACGAGGAACUGGAAGUUGUGGAAACAGUAGCAGCGCUGCUAUUGUCAGUAAACGUAAUAGAAAGGGCGACCAUAUAAUCGUUGGGAAGGUCUCUAAAUUUGUUUGCAUUGCCAAGGGCAGUCAGGAAAAUAAGAUUUUAAAAAAUAAUAAUUAUUUGAAACUUACACAUGGAUUAUUCAUGAGUAAAGGGAAACGGAACAGUGCGAGCAGCAGGAAAAGACGAAAGUGAAAGGCGAAGCAGAGCAACAGCAGCAGCAGACGGCCGUGCAGCGCAAGCAGCGAAAAGCAAAAAAAAGCAAAGUGACAGACUUCUUAGCAAAAGACAAAUUGCUGUGUUGCUGCUUAGAGCUUUGAACGUUGUUAAAAUUCGUUGAUUUUAUACACAUUUUCACAACGUGGCAAAUUUGUUUGCUUCAGAAGGAUAUAGGUGGACACUGAAGCGUACAACUUGUUUCCAAAUCAAGGUGUAAAGAAGUUUGCACACACCAGUCUACCAAAACGCCGCCAGCUAGAAAUGUCCAAUGGUGACGAAGUGCUAGACAAUUGGGAGGAAAUUGAUGAAGCUGGUUUGACAGAUACAUUGCAGAAGAUACAACAAAAACAACAGGAUACACAACCUCAAGAAACCGAUAGUGCCAAAAAGUGCUCAAAUUUGCCAACAAAUUCGACAAGUUCAGCAAAUUCUUCACUUGCAGUGUUUUCCAAAAAUACAAACUCAACUUCAACAGCUGAUUCCAAGCAAUUUACGUUCUCCACAGUUGAGUUUCCAACACCUGCUGUCGCCGCAACCGUUCCGAUGAAAUUACUACAGCGCAACGCAAAUAACAGUAGUGGCAAUGUACAGGCCGCAAUAGGCGGUACUACCACUGCCGCUGAUUUAAAAUCGCCACUGGACGAUAUGACAGCUUCAUUUCAGCCGGUUAUGAUGAUGUUACAUAAACCAGCGGACGAGUUCCAGUCUCAGAAUUAUGCGACGCCAACAAAUUUGCAGACUGUGAAGAUACUACGUCGUCCAACUCAAUCAAUGGAGCCGCGUAAUAAUGGUAUUAAGCCGCGUCAGCCCAUUAAAACAUUGCAACAACGUGAGCAAGAGUACGCAGAAGCCCGUUUACGCAUUCUAGGAUCAGCAAAAAAUCCCGAAGACGAUGUGGGCGCGUCAAACGCUUCGAAUAAUUCGACUGCAUCAACAACCGCCACUGUCAACACGACUGUAAGCACAAACAAUGCGUACAAGGGCAACACCGCUACCCCCAAGGUCAAUCAGUCUGGCGGCAAAGGCGGAGGUGGUGGUGGUGGCAAUGGUUCGCCACUUAAUAUGUAUAAUAACUAUUACAAUCAUCAGCAGCAGCAGCAGCAACAACAACAACAACAACAACAACAGCAGCAGCACCAACAAUCUAACUACUAUUAUAUGCAGCAACAGAAACAGCAACAACAACAGAUACCACCCGCUUAUAACUCCCGUUCAAUGUCAGCGCUGCUGCCACUUCCGCUACCGACUACGUUGCAGCAUCAGCACCAACAUCCGAAACCACAACCACAGAACCAACAUCAAACAUGGUCGCCCGUAGUCGGCGGCAGUGUGUCAUCAUCGGCUUUAAGACUACAACAGCAAGAGAGCAUUUUACGUUUGCCUCGUGGUCCGGAUGGAUCCAAUGGUUUCCAGAUGCGUCGGUAACGCGGUUAAUUACAACGGAAGAUAUUUACUCAAACAUCGCCGUGAUCGUAAAGAAAAAAAAAAUUUUAUUAAUAAUGCUUACUGCGUUCCUGCGUCUUUGAGCCAUUUUUCAGUUGUCUGCUACACAUACAUAUAUUACACAUUUAAUUUUCUCCUACAUCCAACAGUCUCAACAAUAUCUCUCAAGUAAUAUCUGCGACUUUCAUCCAAACAAAUUUGAUUGGAAAAUUAAUUCGACUAUAAGUCAACAUCAUUUGACCUUUGCAAAUUCUUACACACAGUUAUUAGAUACAUUUUUAAAGCAAUAAUAAAAAUAACUAAUUUUCAACACCCAAAAUUUUAAAGCACCUAUAUACAGAAAUAAUAAUAACAGUAAUAUUUUCUUUGCAAUAAUAAAUUUUUUUUAUAUACGCAUAAUACUUAUACACAAACACAUGCUUAUCCUUUGCUACCUACAUGACAUUCGUUGGGUUUUUGUUUAUAAAAUGAAAGAGAAAAAAUGUCCGUAAAUUGCAUGAACCAAACUUAUCAAAGCCACUAAAAAGUAAAAAAAGAAAAUUAAAAAAUAAAAAAACUUUUAUGUAAAUUAUGAUUCUUUGAGAUUUCCACUGUCUGGUGCUAUUGCAAAUUACAUAUGUAUGUAAAUAACGUAUAUGUGUAUCAUGUUCAUUUGAAUUAAAGAAAGGUAUUUUGGAAAAAAUUAAA